AUGCUUCAUAACCCCGCGAGUAAUCAGGCAUUUUCAAGAUUAAAAAGGGAAAGGAUAACUGACUUGCAGAAGAUCGUGCCAAUUUCAGGCAAUGUAGAAUCAGCCAAUCUUGGUAUUACUCACAAAGAUGAAGAAAUGUUGAGAGAAAGGGUUUCCGUCGUUUUCCACGCAGCUGCAACAGUGGAGUUCGAUAGACCGUUGAUAGAAGCGAUUAGGAUUAAUUAUGAAGGCACACAAAAAGUUAUUGAUCUGUGCAAAAAGAUCAAACAACUUCGGGUAAAA